GUUCGUGUCGGGGCUAAAGCUUUCGUAAACGGGUCCGUGGCAAUGCGCAGACGCUUGAAAAUCUGGCCACCGUUGGAUACUGGUGGGGGCAGCAGUAGCAGCAGCAGGGUAGCGUGGCUGGUGGGCGGGACUCGUAUGGGAUCCAUUGGACGAUUUCACAGUGCGGCCUGCAGCAAAGACCACGGGCAGAGUUACGGCGGCGGCAGCGACAACGACAACGUUAACAACAAAUUCUGCAACGAAUCGAAGUGCAACGAAAUGCAAGUAACAAUUGCGACGCAAUUGAAGCUCUCCUCAGAUCCUGCAAGCGGCAGGCCACUUUCCCGCAGCUACUAUCGCGGCUUCUAGGCGCCCUCGCCUUCGCCAUCGCCCCAAUGUCUGUAUAAACGAAAGUAUGGCGCUCAAGUAGAACAUUCCACAAGCGGUCGACAGCAAGCAAACAAGCCAGCUCCGCUUCCGCCUCCGCAUCCGUCUCUGUUGUUGCCAGCUCCUGUGUGGAGGAGCCAACCAAUAUCGAAACGAUAUACCACCCACCUCAAUUCGCAGCGAGAGAUGACGGAGCAAAAGAACCAGGUGACGCGUGCUGCACCGGAGCAGAGCAACGACUACCGAGUGGUGGUCUUUGGGGCCGGCGGCGUAGGGAAAAGCUCCUUGGUGCUGAGAUUCAUCAAAGGCACAUUCCGGGAAAGCUACAUUCCGACCAUUGAGGACACCUACAGACAGGUCAUCAGCUGCAAUAAGAACAUUUGCACGCUUCAAAUAACAGACACAACGGGAUCGCAUCAGUUCCCAGCCAUGCAGCGACUGUCCAUAUCGAAGGGACACGCUUUCAUCCUGGUCUACUCGGUGUGCUCCAAGCAAAGCCUGGAGGAGCUCCGGCCCAUCUGGGCGCUAAUAAAAGAGCUCAAGGGCGCCGACAUACCCAACAUUCCCGUCAUGCUGGUGGGCAACAAGUGUGAUGAGACCGCCGAGCUGCGGGAGGUGUCGCAGAUUGAGGGCCAGGCGCAGGCCACCACCUGGAGCAUAUCGUUCAUGGAGACAUCGGCCAAAACCAACCACAAUGUAACCGAGCUGUUUCAAGAGCUCCUCAAUAUGGAGAAAACGCGUACUGUCUCACUGCAAUUGGAUACGAAGAAGCAAAAGAAACAGAAGAAGGAGAAAAAGGCAAAGGAAACGAAUGGCGCCAUACCAGAGAACGGGGAGGCCAGCGCCAGUGCCAGCGGCGGUGCCAAAGAGAAGUGUCGGGUUAUGUAAGAAUUAUCGGAUUACAUUACAAAUGGAGUGAUUCGAGUCGAUACGAAAUGAAAUGGUGACAGACAAAUACUCGCUUUGGGGCAGUAGCGUUGGGUUGAGGCGGUCUUAACGUUAACGCACACCCCCAUCUAGAUUUAAACCCGUGCAUCCCCCUCCCCCCCCCACACACACACAAGCAUUAAAUCCAUACAGUAUGUAUUUAAGAACACACUACGAUUACAAUUACAACUACGAUUACGGCUAUAUUUUGCAUAGGUUUUAUUCAAGCAAAGAAUUUUCUAGUCGCACAGUAUACACCAUAUGUGUACGAGUACUAUACUAAACAAUAUGAUACUAUCCAUACUACACGAACAUAAAAUACAGAACAGAACAGAACAGUACACGAACACGUACAGACCCGGCACAUCCAUGAAUGGUAGUAGCCCUAUGUUGACACAUAAUUGCAUCUGAAACGCAACGGCAUACAUAUCAAAUAUUUACACCACACUUGCAUGAUGCACCACCAAUCCAAUACGAGUUCGCGAUGGGAGAAGACUAGCACAAGUGCCCAGUAAUCUGUAGCCCAUCCCAUGCCACACGUAACCAGGUAUAAUUGAAAGCUAUACCACUACAUAUAUCGUAUCUCUAAUGAAAGCCAAAGUACCUACUUAAAAGACAUAAAUCUGUAUCUACUUACGAUAUAAAAGUACUUACUAUAUUUACAUACUUAAACAUUCCAUUAACAGAAGACUUCUCUAUGUAAGUAGUCGACACGGAGACAAUUGUGGGGUUGCUCUCGCAGCAAACAAUCUAAGAACCGAUCCCCCAUUACCGCCGUAUGCCUCCCCAGACUAUCAUUGCUGUUUAACUAUUUACCACCAAAAAAAAAUAUAACACAAAUAAUGAAUGAAUGAAUGUAGUACGAACCAAACCCUGAUCGCCACAUAAGUAAGCUAAUGUAUAAAAUACUCAAAGCCAUGCCACAGUCGUCCCCACACCACAUGAUCCAUAAAACAAACAGACACGAAAUGUUCACAGAAAUCGUCUGCUUAUCUGCUAUUUGUUAAUUCUUUGAGCAAAUUCCAGAUUCCAAAUAACGUUGUUUGUGUAUUAUAUUGAAUAUGUACAAUUUUACAAUUAUUUGCUGUAAGUUAUUGACGAGACGAGAGCAUUUUAACAAUAACAGUAACAAACACAGAAGAAGUGCAAAAAUGUGAAAGAAAACAUAAGUCUAAACCUAAGUCAGAUCGAAGUCUAAGUACAAUUGCAUCCGUUGAGCCGUAAUAUGUGGAAGUGAGGCAAAAGAACUCGCGUACAUCGAAGGAUAUUUGAGGGGGCAUUUUUGCAGCACAGCACCGGAGAUGAGAAUAAGUUGCCUGUUUUUAAAAAACACAAACCACAUCACACACACAAACACACACACAUGUAGUAACUUAUGUAUAACUUAAUACAAACAAUUCCAAUUAUGGCAUUCGUUUUCUUAAUAAUAAUUCAAUUUGAGAUUGGCUUGUGCAUAGGCGUAGGAGUUUGCUGCUGUUUGAUAUUAGGUGGCAUUAGUUUUUUAAAUUAUACGAUUACGAUUACGAUUACGAUUACGAGUACGAGUACCAAUCAGACGUAAGAGAGGUGAGGAGAGACAUAUAUGCUUUAAUUGCUGCGAAACCAUACUACUAGCUGGUUGAAGAGGGGCAAACGCAAAUGCGAACCAGCGGAAAGUAAUUACAUUAAUUAUGAUGUUGCUCAGUUGUUACGACCGUUCAAAACAGAAUAGAACAGAACAGAACAGAACAAAACAGAAAAGCAGACAAAUCGAGAGAUGAAAAUUACAUAUGUACUAGAACUAAAAAUAAAUUGUUGAAUUCGAGUAGUGAAAUUAUUAAUCAAGAUUAUCAUAGCGGACCAAUUUGCGUAUAAGAUUUGUGAAAUCAAUUAGAUAAUUCUCUCAGUUUGCCAUAGAAAUGGAUGAUCGAUCGAUCUGUAUCGGUAUCGAUAUGUAUGCCAGCCAGCCUUAGUUAUGUUGUCAUUUAUUGGUAGCCUGCCGUGCUUUAGGUUUUUUGCUUAAUGUUUCCUAGUUUUAGGUAUGUUAAACGCUAGAGCGAGCAAACUGUUUUUGGUCUUGGCUAGGGCUAUAAGAGUGUAGUAUGUGCCGUGGAUUGGAAUUUGCAUAUAAAUUGAGCAUGAAACAGGCCAGGCAAUAGUGUAAAAGAAUACCUAGUUGCAUAGUUAUUAUUAUUAUAUUUAUAACAAUGAAGUGUAAUUAAAGUAUAAUACAAUUUAAGUGCAGUGCAUGAUUUAAAAUACAACGAAUAAAUAUAUUUACACCGAAA